CUGCCCAUACUAGUGGACUCCAUCGUAAAUCCCAUACUAGUCGUCGCUCAACUCCAUCGUAAAUCCCAUACUAGUCGUCGCUCAACUCCAUCGUAAAUCGUGGAGUUGAGUUUGGUCGGCUAGGUUAACAACGGAGUACUAAACAUCACUUGUUGCUAGUUGAGUGUUGGCUUGUACGGGGACCUUCCACCAUCAGGAAAUGGAGGAAUGAGUGUUUAGCGAGCGACACAGAGGGAGGGGAAACCGACAAGACGUUUACUGCAAGUCCCAUACAUAACGUGAGCGAAGUCUUCCAGUUCCAGCGCCAACACUUGAAACAAAAAGAUGAGUGACGAAAAUCGACUUCAAGUUGAACUUUUUGUGAAGGCAGGCAGUGAUGGCCAGAGCAUUGGCAACUGUCCAUUCUCCCAGCGCCUCUUCAUGGUGCUGUGGCUCAAAGGAGUCACGUUCAACGUAACCACUGUGGACAUGAAGAGGAAACCAGACAUCCUUAAGGACCUGGCCCCUGGUGCUCAGCCCCCCUUCCUGCUCUACGGGAUGGAGGUGAAAACCGACACCAACAAGAUAGAAGAGUUCCUGGAGGAGAACCUGUCCCCUCCAAAAUACCCCCGCCUGGCUUCCAGGAACCCUGAGUCUAAUACAGCCGGCCUAGACGUGUUCUCCAAGUUCUCAGCCUACAUCAAGAAUUCAAACCCCCAGCUCAAUGACAACCUAGAGAAAGGCUUGCUCAAGGCCCUGAAGAAGCUAGACGACUACCUCGGCUCCCCACUUCCAGACGAGAUUGACGAAAAUAGCGCUGAUGAUGUCACUUCCUCCUUCCGCCCCUUCCUGGAUGGGCAGGACCUCACUCUGGCCGACUGCAACUUGCUUCCCAAGCUGAACAUUGUCAAGGUGGUGUGUCUGAAGUAUCGCACUUUCUCCAUCCCUAAGUCUCUCUCCAACCUGUGGCGGUACAUGGACGCUGCGUACCUCCGCGAGGAGUUUUCCUCUACCUGCCCCAACGAUACAGAGAUACACAUCGCCUACUCAGCCGUGGCUAAAGCACUUAAGUAGGAGGACAAGCGGAUUCCAUCAGUCACACACACCAGCGAAUACACACAUACACACACACACACACACACACCUGUUCAGACAUCCUACACACACUCACCUACGCACACAGUGUACAUGUGGCAUCAUACACACACACUAAUGCACUCACACAUACAUGCACUCAGACACACACGCACCAUUCCAACAACCUUUCUUGAGAACAGGAAAUCAAUAUUACUGUAAGAUCAAGUUGGAAAUAUUUCAUUGGCCAUUUAAGAGUUUGUGAAACUCUCUGAGACUUAUAGUUUAUGGUUCCCUUUUUGUCACGUGCCACAUCCACUCUUAAUACCGUAUAUUCAGGGGCAGUUACACACAGUUAAAGUUCUAAACACGGGCAGUAGGUUACAUAUGGUAGCAUCCAACUGAAGGUAUAGUGGUCUGUUCAGUCACUAUGAUUAAUUCUGCACUGCAUACAUUGCCACAUUACCCCCUAUUAGUUUCUAUCUUUCGGCCAAGCCGUAAAAAAACUGCUCUUCUGUUGUGAUUACACACAGACACGCAUACAUAGACCAGUUUAACUGCUACCUGCAGCUGAAAGAGAGAGGUCUGUUAUAGGCGUGUCUAUAAUUAUAUAUUAUUACAGACAUAUUACAGUGUUGAUAUAUUGUUCAGGGCAAACAGCCGUUAACAGGGUGGAUGACAUGGUCAAUUUGAACCAGUCGUUUUAUACAUGCUUAAUGGUCAGAAGUUAGGCUCAGGGAACGGGAAAGCAGGUCUUGGGCCAGUAGUAAUACAUUGGGGCACAUUAUACAGAGGUGUUUCUCAGCACACAGUUACCCACACCAAAAAUGAUUUCAACAGACCUUGGCUUCCCCUUUCUCCGGGUCGUAGCGCUGUGAAUGGUUAAUCAAGCUUAUAUCCCCCAUUGUAAGACUCUUUUGCUAGUAGUAAUUUACUUCUAUCCCCUCAUUCUAAGUGAAUGAUAUUUUUGAUAGUAUAUAAAAAACUGUGUGAGGCUCAUAUUGCAGGGCAGUUGAGUUACUCCAGACGAAGUAAUAUGGCUAUUGUUGCUGCUUUGUGUGAACUUUAGGUUAUUGAAGAAGUACUUGACUUUGUUUGGCCUUGAGGCACCAAGCCGGUUCAGUCAUGUUUCACUGUAAAGCUGAGGGAAAACUACAGGAUGUAAUGCAGACGUGCACACACCUGCUCGCAUGACUAAACCCUAAACGUCACAUUAAUAAAAAAUUGAGAUAUUCAUUGCAUAUAUAACUGAAACUAAACGAUUGUGCAUUUGUACUCUUUUAUAUGGUUAUUGACAAUGGAAGACUCAAUUAAACUUGAAAAAAUAAAAGAGUUUGAACCUUUA